AUGGCCCAUGACGCCAAGGAGUCCAUCGUGCUCGUGAUCCUCUCCGUCUUUGUCUGCUACAGCACCGUCGCGUGGCUGCGCUCGGGCCGCCCCGUGCCGGCCACGGACGACGAAACCAUCGAGCAUGUCGUCGCUGGCGUCAAGCCGACGCCUUCCGUCGAGGCGACCACGCCCACAAGCCGGCGAAAGCCCAAGAAGAAGAAGGCCAAGAAGGCCACAGCUGCGACGGCCACAAUGCCGACUGCAACGACUGCAACACCGACGACGGUCGAAACACGCUGCGAGCCCGCGCCGUUUGCGGACGCGCCGCAAGACGUUGUUGUGGACGCGCCGCUCUCGCAAGACUCGAACCUCGCGCCGAUCGCAGAGAACGUCAAGUCGACAGAAAGUGUGCAAGAGACGACGGUCGCUGCAACCGUCGCACCCAAGGCCCCGGUGCCCGAGCCGUCGACGGUGGAAGUGGUUCUCGCAACGCCGCCGCGGCGAAUCACCAAGUCGAUCUUGACGCUGUCACCGCACAUGAAGCCCAAGAAGGUGGCGACGACGACGUCCAUGGAUUUCUUGUUGAAGGAGCCGAUCGUGCCGUCGUCACCCACGUCGUGCGCGUCGACGGUCUCGUCCUCGUCCUUUUCGCCACCCAAGUCGUGCCCGGGCCGCGUCGAGCCCACGAAGCGGUCGCUCUCGCCAAUCGCGCGGCCGCCGCCGAUGCUCGUCAAGCCCAAGAAGCUCGUCCGGUCGCAUUCGUCGACGGCCGACGGCCGCGCGUGGCGGGAUGUUCUCGGCGGUGACACGAGCGUACCGCCGCCGCCGGUCCUUGCCAAGACGGUGAGCCUCGACGCAUCGUCGACGCCGCUCUCGACGGCUACCGCGCCCUCCAACCCGCUCGUCCUCCAGCACAUUGUCGACCAAAUCGCCUACUACUUCAGCGACCACAACCUCCUGCGCGAUGUGUUUUUGCGCCAGCGCAUGGACGCCGACGGCUACGUCUACAUGAGCGUCGUCAUGAACUUCAACCGCGUCCGUGCCAUGAUGAGCCCGACCGUGCCGCUCUUGGCGCUCGUCGAGCGCCUCGAUGCGUCGCCGCAUGUGACGCUGCUCUGCAAGCGCAAGCCCAACGGCGACGUCGACCCGUCCUUUGUGCAGCUGGCCAAGGUGCGCCCAGCGACGCACUGGCAGCAGUGGGUGCCCGCGAACGCGCUCCCGACCCACCACCCGUUCGACCUGCUCUUGCGCAAGGCCAACGCUGCCACGUCGGCAUGA